GUGAGUGAGAGCAAGAGAGAAAUGUUGAUAUUGCGGUGGCGUCGGUUGCCGGUGUUGUAGGAGAAGGAUGGCACUAUGGUAGAUAGGCGGGUUGGUACCGCGUUUGAAUGAUAAAUAUUAAAGAUUCCCGACUGGCUCACUACCAGGCCACCAGCAUACAAUAACAAUAAUAAUAAUAAUAAUAAUGCCAGAAAAAUAAAUAGUACAAAGGAGUCAAGGUCGUCAACACAACAUCCCACAAAAUUGUAUUAUUAGAUAUUGGCGGCGGCGGCGGCAAUCGGCAUUUUGGAUUGGCGGUCAUUUUUAUCGCUUUAUAGCGUCCGUAUCUGAGCGAGUGUGUGUGUGUGUGUGUGAGUGUGUGUGUGAGUGUUGAGUGAGUGCGCGCGCGCAGCGAGUAAACAAAAACAACUCGAUAAAUAAUAAACGUUCAACGGACAAAGCAAGUGUUUCGACUUUCAAGUAAGUGUUGCGCGCGACCGUUGUCGAGGCGAUCUGUGCGCCUUUUUUUCGUUAGACAUUUCGACCCUUCAUAUGUGCCCGUACGGCACUCGAAAUCGAUACGGCGAGUACCUUGGUUGAGAUCCAUUGUUAGCCAUCACCAAUUUUUCACCGAUCGUCGGCGAACUAUUUUAGACGUUUGACCGUAGGCGCACUGUUAUUUUAUACUGAUCACAAAUCGUCAUUCGUAAUUAUUUGCCCUUCGGAAGUCGGUGUCGGCGACAGCUUCAUACCAUCCUGCUCUGGACAGGGACCUUGUCAGUCUUAAUUGCUGUACACAACGAAAACGGUGCUGCCCGCACAAUCGGCGGAUAUAAACGAGAUUGACAUUGCAACAUUGUAGUAUCCACCAUGAAACUAUUGGAGAGCUCUCAAUUAACCGAGCUAUCAAGAGCACUUUGUGUAGACCGAGGAGAUGUUAAAGUCGUUGCCAGGAUCGAAAGCUAUUCAUGCAAAAUGGUAGGCGAUGAAAAACACAAGUAUAAAAAGUUUUACUCCCAGAGUGGCACACAGCCAGGUGACCUCGAAGCACUGGGCUGUUCACCCAACAGUGAUCCACGAUAUGGAAGAAGUCUUAGUGUAUCUGGAGAUGAAGAAGUUUUGUUAUGUGAUACAAUAUCACGUAAAUCUUUAUUUUACUUGAUUGCAACACUUAAUGCCACAUUUGCACCUGACUACGAUUUCACAGAUGCCAAGUCAUCAGAAUUUAGUCGAGAACGUAGUUUGCAGUGGGUCAUGAGAGAUGUGGAUAAUAACUUAUCGGCAGUCAUUGUAGAACCUAACACAGCAACAUCAUGUGUUGCAUCUAAUCAGAUUAUUAUGAUGAAUCAUCUACAAAGUAAUACAGCUCCCAAAAACUACUCACAGUUACGUGACAAACUCUGGGAAGUAAUCGACAAAGAAAUUGGCAUGUCACAAUGUGACAUUUACAGCUAUACACCUGACAUGCGGUCAGAUCCAUUUAGUGAAGAUGGAUGCCUGUGGUCGUUCAACUAUUUCUUUUACAACAAAAAACUAAAAAGAAUAUUAUUUUUUACUUGCCGUCGCAUUAUUAGUUCUUCAUAUCCCAUGGACUUUGAUGGAUCGAUAGGAACAGGAUCAGACUCUAUGUUCUUGUCUGAUUAUUAUGAUGAUGGCAGUGCUGAAAGCAACAGUAGGCAUCGCAGAGAACGAAGUCCUUUAAACAACAGUCGCCGUCGAGGUGGAAAUGGUAAUUUCUGAAUGACAAAAUGAAAAAAAAAAUAGUCUUAAUAUAUUUUAUCUUGCUGUCUCUCUUUUCUUUUUUUAUGCUUUUAAAUAUGUAUUAGUACACAUCAUUAAAUAAAUAACUAUAUUAUUCAAAAUAUAAUUAUAAUAUUAGAUAUAAUAUAAUAUAUACACAAAUAUUGUGUCAUUUUACACAUUUGCACUUUUUAAUUGAUAUGUGUGAGUAUAAUAUUAAGAUUGUAAAUUGUUUUACCUUUGUGUGGUAAUAUAAUAGUGUGGUGGAUCUCAGUUAUUGCAUAUUUAUAUAGUCAUGAUUGAAUUUUAUUGUCGGCAAUUGCGUUGAUAUUUAUUUAUAUUUAAAUUUAUUAACAAACCAUUAUACUAAACAUUAUUUAAGUAUGGCAUUAUUAUGAUAUUAAAGGUUUAUGAAAUUUUAUUUCCAAAAAAUAAUUUAAGUAUAUUUUAUCUAUGAAUGAAAUUGUUUAAAUCUAAUAUUAUUUAUGACAGUAACAAAGUAUUAUUAUUAUACACCUUUACGUACCACUGAAAGUUCUGAUCUUUACCUUAAAACUGUUUUAUUUUUUGUACUGUUUAGAUAAAGUUUAGUUUGUAUGACCAUAGUAUUAUGAACAAAUAAUUUAUGUACUCAAAAUGUAAUAGAUUUAUGAAAUAAAAUA